UAUUGCUUUUGUGUAAACUUGUCCCAACAAUAUGCAGUCCGCUUUUGCUGUACAAGACAACGCUGGUUGGCCAGGUUGAUGUGCCGCGAAAAGCGCAGGUUGAACAGGAUACUGUUGAUCCGCGAGAAUCCCCUCAGUCUAUCUCCGAUGAGAUGUGCUGCAUUCCUUUGUCGUUAUAAAGAAUCCGCUGAACUCCCAUCGGGGUUAUUAUACGCCUUGCGUUUGUUGCAAAUGUCUGCACUUUAUCUUCUACCCUUUUGCAAUUUGUGGGUAUCAGCUGAGCGCGGUCGGAGUUUCAAGAAGGACGAGUUUCUCGCGCUCGACAUCUUCUAUCGUGAAGCGCGUGCGACUGGACUGUGCGUGAGACGCGCGCUUGGCAAAGGCGCGCGGUCGUCGGCUGCCGUGUACAUCAUGAUCAUACGGAGGGCUGGUAUGACUUGUGCGAUUUGA